AUGGGAAAACUCAACGUGACCUUCGGGAUCCUCAUGCUCUGCGCCGCUGGAGGCUGGGGGGGUAACAUCUGCACCACCCGCGGGGUGAACUCCUGCAAGCAGUGCCUGGCCGUGAGCCCCCUCUGCGCCUGGUGCUCCGCCGAGGUCUUGGCGCAGUCAUCCCCUCGCUGUGACCUUCGUGCCAACCUCCUGCAAAACGGCUGCGGGGAGGACGACAUCGAGUUCCCCACCAGCAGCGUGAGAGUCCUGGAGGAGCGACCCCUCAGCAGCAAGGGCUCAGGGAACUCCCCCACCACCCAGAUGAGCCCCCAGAAAAUACGGCUGAACCUGCGGCCGGAUGACUCCCAGAUCUUUCGCGUCCAAGUGCGUCAAGUGGAAGACUACCCUGUGGACAUCUACUACCUGAUGGACCUGUCCAACUCCAUGAAGGAUGAUCUGCAAAACAUCCAGAACCUGGGCACAAAGCUGGCCAGCGAGAUGCGCAAGCUCACCAGCAACCUACGCAUCGGCUUUGGGGCCUUUGUGGACAAGCCCAUUUCCCCCUACAUGUAUAUCUCUCCUCCACAAGCCAUCAAGAACCCUUGCUAUGAGAUUGCAGAAACCUGCCUGCCCAUGUUUGGUUACAAACAUGUCCUGUCUCUCACGGACGAGGUGACUCGCUUCAACGAGGAGGUGCAGAAGCAGAACGUCUCACGGAACCGUGAUGCGCCCGAGGGCGGCUUCGAUGCCAUCAUCCAGGCCACUGUGUGUGAUAAGAAAAUCGGAUGGAGGAACGACGCUUCCCACCUACUUGUCUUCACAACGGAUGCCAAGACCCACAUCGCGCUGGACGGCAGGCUGGCUGGCAUCGUGCAGCCCAAUGAUGCCCAGUGCCACAUUGACGAGGAUAAUUUCUACUCUGCCUCCACCACGCUGGACUAUCCCUCUCUGGGCCUGAUGACUGAGAAACUCUCACAGAAGAAUAUCAACUUGAUCUUUGCAGUGACGGAUACGGUUGUUGGCCUCUACCAGAACUACAGUGAGCUGAUCCCAGGCACAACUGUGGGCACCUUGUCCAGAGACUCCAGCAAUGUCCUGCAGCUCAUAGUGGACGCUUAUGGGAAAAUCCGCUCCAAGGUGGAGCUGGAGGUGCGUGACCUCCCUGAAGAGCUGUCCCUGUCCUUCAAUGCCACCUGUCUCAACGAUGAGGUCAUCCCCGGGCUCAAGUCUUGCAUGGGGCUCAAGAUUGGGGACACGGUGAGCUUUAGCAUCGAGGCCAAGGUACGGGGGUGCCCACAGGAGCGCCAGAAAUCCUUCACCAUCAAACCUGUGGGCUUCGAGGACAGCUUGACGGUGGUGGUGGACUUCAACUGCAACUGCUCCUGCGAGAGCCAAGCCGAGGCCAACAGCUCGUCCUGCAGCCGUGGCAAUGGCACGCUGGAGUGCGGCGUGUGCCGCUGCAACCCCGGGCGCCUGGGCUCACACUGCGAGUGCUCGGAGCAGGAGUACAACCCCUCGCAGCAGGACAACUGCAGCCCCCGGCCGGGACAGCCCCUCUGCAGCCAGCGCGGCGAGUGCAUCUGCGGGCAGUGCGUGUGCCACAGCAGCGACUUCGGGAAGGUGACGGGCAAGUACUGUGAGUGCGACGACUUCUCCUGCGUCCGCUUCAAGGGCCAGAUGUGCUCGGGCCAUGGGAAGUGCAGCUGCGGGGACUGUCUGUGCGACUCGGACUGGACCGGUGACUACUGCAACUGCACCACCCGCACCGACACGUGCAUGUCCAGCAACGGGCUGGCGUGCAGCGAGCACGGAGGAGCUCACGGUACCUCCUUCCUCUUCCUCAGGGACUGUGUGGAGUGCAAGAAGUUUGAGCGAGGAGAGCUGGUGAAGCAGCAGUCCUGCGGCCGCAUGUGCCGCGACGAGAUCGAGACGGUGCAGGAACUAAGUGACAGAGGCAAGGAUGCCGUGAACUGCACCUACAAGGAUGAGGACGACUGUGUGGUGCGGUUCCAGUACUAUGAGGACUCCAGUGGCAAGUCCAUCCUCUACGUUAUCGAGGAGCCAGACUGCCCGAAGGGGCCAGACAUCCUGGUGGUCCUGCUCUCGGUGACGGGCGCCAUCCUGCUCAUCGGCCUUGCCGCCUUGCUCAUCUGGAAGCUCCUCAUCACCAUCCACGACCGCCGGGAGUUUGCCCGCUUCGAGGAGGAGAAGGCCAGGGCCAAGUGGGACAUGGGUAACAACCCUUUGUACAAAGAGGCUACAUCUACCUUCACCAACAUCACGUACCGCGGGAACAUGUAA